AUGGAUAGGAUGGUAUCGCGCCUCGUGAAGGAGUCAGAGGCAAAAGAAGAUGAUGCCGUUCUAGAAGUUGCCCCUUCAAAAGCUUUGGAAGACUUGCGUGACUACAGAGACGCAGCAUCGGAGAAGGAGCUAGCGGGAUGGGUGUUGGAUUCACACCAGUAUCAGGAGGGUGAGCUGAUCUUGACUCCUAAGCAACAAUGCAGGGCCGGAACGGCGAUCCGUAUCCUUUUGGCUCAGAGCAAAGAUGAAAAGGAGCAAGAGGAGCAGAUUUUUUCUGUCACGGGCUUCGACUCGGCUGCAGUGGACAUGGCGGGAACUGCUGUCUUGGCAACGGCAAGGGGAGACACCACGAGGGCGGUGGCAGCGGCUGCCGCGGAGGCUACUGUCACAAAAUUUAGGUGGAUUCGAAUUCUUGGAGUGACGAACGUCUCCGUGACAUUGGAGGUUGAACCUCUGGAGCAGGAAGGGAAGAAGACAGUCACGGAGAAGCAUCUUGCCAUGUCCAUCCUCAUACAGUCGCAACAAGAGCGUGAACGCCGAAGGAGACCAGCGAGCUCGGCACGCGCCGAUGUGGUAUCCAGAACUACAACGCCGAAAACUUGGGUUGAGCGCAAUGUCAUCAAAAACACUGUUAUUCAUGAAGCUGACGAAGAAGACGGGGAGAGGCCCGAGGCAACCAGACGGAAGGGUGAAGGACUGGAUACGCAACAGGCGACGCCACAGGGGGAGGAGGAUAGCAGUUCGGUCUUAAAGGGUGUGAGGCCGAAUAUCCACGCACAAGGAAAAGAUUGGAAAGUGGGAGCGAUGCAGCCCGAAAACGUGACUGCUGGCGUGCUGUACCAACAGUGGAGCAAGAAAGCCAGCACCGGCAAAAAGAGCUCUGAGAGCCACGCGGCUGUGGGAACAAGAGGCAUUGGCGAACAGGCAAAGGGUGAGGCUGCAUUGGAGAGACCGGCAUCGCGUAGGGGUUACUCUCGGCAAAUAGCAGUUAUUGAGAAGCCUGAAAGUCCAGACGACAAAACAGAUGCCAGUAAAGGCCUCACGGGCCCCGAAGCCGAGGACUUAGUGAGAACCAGUGGAACUGAUGAAGUGACUUCAUUAUUUGAGGACACACAUGGGGAAGUAGGGCAUGGAGGUCUCGAAGAUGUCGCGGGUUCUAGACGAUCGGGAAGGAAGGGAAAGCUUGAGGGCACAGGGACGGCAAUGGGGAGGCAAUCGUCUCUCGAUACAGCGUAUGAACUUCCAAAGGCAGAGCGGAGCAAGAGAUUGUAUACUGAGGGGCGUCUACUGGCUGCCUUGCAGCUGAGGGGCGAGUCGGGACAGGAAACCUUAGAGAGGACGGGAUUGUUGAUUCCCAUGUACGGUGCCAGGCUGCAGCACCCUGGAGACGGGGAUAUUAGCGGGACAGAGAGCAUCGUUUUCGACAGAAGAAUCUUUUUCUCAUCAAUGAUGAACUCGGAUCUCGGAGAACUGAUGACGCGGGCGAAGCAGAUGGGGAGGCCCCUGUCACAGUCUGUGAUCCUCCAUGUCAUUAAGCGGACCAUGUUGGCUGUGGGAGCGCUUCACGAAAGCUCCUGUCUCCAUAACAAUUUGCAGCUUGAAAGCAUCACGAUCUCUGCUCAGGGGUUGUCAUAUUUGUCAGACUUUAGGGCCGCUACUAUCAUGGGGGAGACCAGUGAUCCACCUGACUUCUCGUUGCUAGCGCCUGAACAGCUCGAUGAUGUCCAGCAAGGAAGCGCGCCUACACACACGCGCGAGACCGAUUCUUGGCAGCUCGGCAGCGUCGCGUUCCUGGCCCUCACGGGGGAGCCCCCAUUCACUCCGGAGCAGCAGCAACUUUUCACCUCUGUUUUCCCAAAAAGGAACUUGCCCGCCUCCGACAAGCCUGGUGGUACGAAAAAUGUUUCAAGAAGCUUUGAGCGUAAGGCUACCUCCUAUAACAUCCCAAAGUAUCCAGUGGAGUUCAUGAACGCGUACAAGUCACCAUAUGAGAUUCUCAAGUCUCACAAUGUCCCAGAUCUGUGGGCGACCCUCGUCAGCUGCCUCUUGCAGCCAGAUCCCACCAUUAGGCCAACUGUGCGACAAGUUAUCAACGCAUUUCCAAAGCUACUUUCACUUUCCAACCAAGAAAAGGAGCUAAAUGAAUAG